GUUUCGCAACAGGAUUGUGUGUAUGACACACGUUUUAGCCUUGUAAUUUUUUCCAUCAUUGAUACUUUAAUCGUUUUUGAUGUAUGCAUUCUCCUCUCUGUCAUUGCUCGUCCUCUCGUCCUAAUUAACAUUCUUGUAAUUAUUAUGUAUAUAUGUGUACAUUAAAAUUUAUAACACAAUCGAGCCAUUCGCUGUCAUGUGAUUUGAUAUGUGUACACGCUACACAGAAUACACGUGACAAUACAUUCACGUGAUGAAAAUCAAGAAGUUGCAUAAUUUUCCGUUUUCCGUUAUUCUGUUAAGCGGAAUUUGCAGUGAGAUUUUUGAUAUUUUGCACACAAUGUUCAUGGAUAAUUUCUAAACAAAGGAAAGAAGUCAGAAUUUUGUUAUUAUUAAUAUAAAUAUGAAUACCGAUAAAAUAUCAUGUCCAAUAUGUGGCAAGGAAUUUGCUUCCUCUGUUAUUGAGUCUCAUGCUAACAAGUGUUUAUUCUUUAAUGAAUCUGUAAAAGAUGAAGGCACGACUUUGUUUAAAGAUUCAAGUCCUAUAAACAAAACAAGCAAUUUAAAAUCAACAAAUGUGAAAAAAGCAAACCAAGUGGCUGUAAAGAGAAAAAAUUCUUUGGAUCAGUUUUCUUCUCAAAAUUUCCAAAAGGAUGAAGGGGAUGUUAAAGAUGACAUGCUACAAAGAAGUAUAAACAAUGAGUGCAAGAAAUUGCGCAAAAAUGAACGUAUACCUCUUGCAGAACAGAUGAGACCUAUAUCGUUACUGAAUUUUGUGGGUCAGAAACAUAUUCUUGGACCACGUACUAUGUUGUCAGAGCUCUUGCAAAAGAAGGAGAUACCUAAUAUGAUUCUCUGGGGCCCACCUGGAUGUGGCAAGACAUCCUUAGCUAAUGUUAUCGCGCACAUGUGCAAAAACGACACGAGUCGUAAACUCCGAUAUGUUAAACUCUCUGCGGCGAUGGCUGGUGUCCAAGAGGUAAAGGAAGUUAUUAGUGUUGCCGCGAAUCAUGCUAAAUUUGCACAGCAAACAAUAGUGUUCAUGGAUGAGAUACAUAGAUUUAAUAAGACACAGCAGGAUGUUUUCUUGCCUCACGUCGAAUCGGGAACCAUCACUCUCAUUGGUGCUACGACAGAAAAUCCGUCAUUUAGUCUGAAUUCUGCAUUAUUAAGUCGAUGCAGAGUGAUUGUUUUACAUAAAUUGUCUGUUGCAAAUUUGGUAUCAAUUCUAAAACGCGCUGUAAUUUCAUUGGAAGGUAUAAUACACAUGUCGGAUAAAAGUACGUUGCAAAGUGAAGAAAGCACUUCGAAAGGAAACAAGAUCGACAUGCAGCCAUCCUAUAAUACAAAGUUUAUUAUAGAUGAACCAACGAUAGAGUGGUUGGCUGAAACUUGUGAUGGCGAUGCUCGAAUAGCUUUAGGAGGGCUAGAAAUGGCUGUGCGAUCUAAAGCACCGAAUGAAGAGGACCUACUGGACGUUGGACCAGCCAUAAUAACGUUGAAUGACGUUGAGGAGAGUUUAAAAAAGACGCACAUGUUAUAUGAUAAAAAGGGUGAUCAACAUUAUGAUACAAUUUCCGCGUUACACAAAUCAGUUAGAGCCAGUGAUGAAAAUGCUUCCCUUUAUUGGUUGACUAGAAUGAUCUCUGGCGGUGAAGACCCGGUUUAUAUCGCACGAAGAUUAGUGAGAAUGGCUAGCGAAGAUAUCGGCUUAGCUGAUCCGAAAGCUCUCGGAAUAGCAAUGCACACAAUGCACGGUUGCAAAAUGAUUGGGAUGCCGGAAUGCGAUGUUCUUUUGGCACAAUGUACAAUAUAUUUAGCGAGAGCUCCAAAGUCCAGAUUGAUGGAAGACGCACUUAGAGCUGCGCAAAAAGUUGUAGCCGAGCAUAAGGGCCCGCAACCAGGAGUGCCCUUACACCUAAGAAAUGCUCCUACAAGACUCAUGAAAGAUUUAGGAUAUAGUAAGGGAUAUAAUAUGAGAAACAAAGAUGAAUCUGGAUUGAGUUAUCUACCAGAGGGAUUGGAAGAUUUAAAUUUCUUAAGCGAUGACGAGGACGAUACAAUGUAAAAAUACUAUGAUAAU